UUUCCACAUCACCAGAAAAACAAAAAAAAACAUAAGUAGAUGAAUCUUCAAUAUUCAAAUAGCUGGGAUUUUGGCAAAUGGAUUCGAAAACAGGUUCUGUGCUGCGUGAAUAUAAACACUAUCCCAUCGAUUCACCAGGCACUUUAAUAAAAAACUUGAACACAGCAUAACAUCAAAUUAUCAAAGAUUUAAAUUAAGAUAUAAAUUACAAAAAAUGAUUAAGGCGUUGAUACUUUUCGCGUGUGUGAUUGGGAUAUGCUCUGCGGCAGCAAUCAAUAAUGUUCAACCAGAAUCUGAAUCGAACGUCGUGGAAAAUGCAGUAGAAGAAGUCAAUGGCGAUCAGGCAACCGAUCUAGAAACAGCUGAACUGAAACAUUUCGGCUUUGGUCCUAAAGUCGUCGUAAUAAAUAAAGGAUAUGGUGGAUAUGGUGGAUAUCGUGGAGGUGGUUAUAGUAGAGGUUGUGGAUGUGGAAGCAGUCAUUACCAUAGUCAUCAUCGAUAUUACGGAAAAAAGAAGUAAAACAGUUUUGGAUAACUAAUAAAACUUAUGGUCUUUGU